CGCCGCUACAGUAGGUGUUUGGCUGCUGCUCCAAGGUUGCGCCGUGCUAUAGCCUAGUUAUCAUCAAAGCAAACAUUCUAAAAGCMCGUUAUUGCGUGUCGAUCUUAUGCGACAAAAACCGCGCUGGUAAUAUUGUUUUAAUCGCAUUGCAUCGGCGUGGCCUACCCUGCUACGUGAAGAAAGCCUAGCAUAGGCUAACGAUAAACAUAUUGAUAUCAACGCACAGCCAGUGCCCGUGAACUUUGUCACAUAGUCCCUCCCUGGUGCAAUGUCCACCUCGUUCUUAUUGAGAAACGGUAAGAGGGUGUUUUCAGUAUUCGGCGGAGUGUGCAGAGGAACCGAUGCACUUUCUAGAGUUAAUUUUAUAUCGCGCCGCUUCAUUAUAGAUUUGUCAUACUCCACGCACUUCAUGGAUUUUAAAGGUUCCUCGAUACCGAGCUCCAUGAAAAAGCUGGUCGUAACGAAGCUUAGCCAGAAUUUCAGAGACGCCGUUGCCCUGCAAACUGUUCCAGUCCCGACACCUGGGGACGGGGACUUGCUUGUCAGAAAUCGAUUUGUUGGAAUCAAUGCCUCGGACAUCAACUACUCAGCAGGCCGCUACGACCCUACGGUCAAGCCACCGUUUGACGCCGGGUUCGAGGGCAUCGGCGAGGUGGUCGGCCUCGGCCUGAGUGCCAGCGCCCGCUACACCGUUGGCGACACCGUGGCCUACUUUGCUGAUGGGGCCUUUGCAGAGUACACAGUGAUACCCAUGAUCAAGACCGUACCUGUACCCGCGGUGAAGCCAGAGUUCCUCACCCUGCUGUUAAGCGGUGCCACGGCUUAUAUCGCCAUGAAGCGGCUUGGCGACCUGGUGAAGGGCGAGACGGUGCUGGUGACGGCCGCUGCCGGUGGCACGGGACAGUUCGCCGUGCAGUUUGCCAAACAGGCCGGCUGCCAUGUUGUGGGCACCUGCUCCUCCAAUGAGAAGGCUGGCUUCUUAAAGACCAUUGGCUGCGACAGGCCCAUCAACUACACGUCCGAGGACUUGAGCGCCACGCUGCGCAAAGAGUACCCACAAGGCCUGGACGUAGUCUACGAGUCCAUAGGCGGCAGAAUCUUUGACAUGGCGGUCAACAAUCUGGCCAAUAAGGGCAGGCUGAUCGUGAUCGGGUUCAUCUCAGGGUACCAAACGGCAUCAGGGGUCCCAACUGUUAAAGGAGGGACUCUGCCCGUGAAGCUGCUCCAGAAGUCAGCCAGCGUGAGGGGGUUCUUCCUACCUCACUUCCUGUCUGACUACAAGGAGGCGAUGGGAAGCAUGAUGCAGAUGUUUGCUAAAGGGAAGCUGGUGUGUGAAGUGGACUGUGGGGACAUGGCCCCCGAGGGCCGUUUUGUGGGGCUGGAGUCCGUCUUUAGGGCUGUGGACUACAUGUACGCUGGGAAAAACGUUGGAAAGGUGGUGGUUGAGGUGACUCCACCCUCACUGGAGAGCAAACUGUGAUUUGCCUUAAUGUGAAUGCACUGGAAUCCUCAAACAAAUCAAAUGUAUGUAUGCACAUUGAAAUGACCUAUGCAAGCACAUAUGUUGAAGGCAAAUUACCCAAACUGUGACAAUCUACAGUACUCUUGAGUUGAAUAUAUUUUUUGAACAGUUUAUUUCACCUGAAUCUAUUUUGAUAUUACUAAAAUGUUGUUCUGUUCGAGACAGUUCCUUGUUAAUGUUUUUGAUGAUUGUAUUGAAUAAAGCAAAGCCAAAGUCCCAAUGAGCGGGGAUCAUA